GAGGAGGAGGAAGAGGAGGCGGAGGAGGAGGAUGAAAAGAUAACCCGCAAGCAGAAUGCACAAGAAAUGGCAAAGGCAAAGAAAAAACAUGAUGAGAGGGAUGCUGAUGAUGAAAGUGAAGAAGAGGAAGAAGAAAGUUCCAGGAAGAAAAAAACAAAUAAGAAGAAAAGCCAGAAAGCAGGUGCGAGCGGAGGAGGAGAAAGUGAGGCAGAAGAAACAGGAAAGGGAAAGGAAAGGGCUGGCAAAAAAGUGCCUGGCAAAGAACAAAGGGGAGAAAGCAAAGACAAACAAGCAAACAAGAAAGCAAAGGGGAAAGAUAAGAAGAAAAAGAACACCAGUGGGAGUUCAUCCGCAUCUGCUUCCAGCUCUUCAGAUGAAGAAUCACUAUGUGAAGAAGAACUAGCCAAGCUAAAAGAACAGGUGGAAGAGAAGAAAAAACUCAUAUCGGUUAUGAGAAACAAACCUUGGCGGAUGGUAAAGAAAUUACAGAUGUUGAGGGAGGCUCAAGAUUUUGUGGAAAAAUUUGAAGGAGCCUUGGGAAAGGGCAAAGGAAAAAAGCUAUAUGCCUAUAAAAUGAUGAUGGCCAAGAAAUGGGUCAAGUUUAAGAGAGAUUUUGACAAUUUUAAGACACAAUGUAUACCUUGGGAAAUGAAGAUAAAAGAAGUGGAAAGUCAUUUUGGAUCUUCAGUGGCCUCUUAUUUCAUAUUUCUGCGAUGGAUGUAUGGGGUAAACCUUGUCCUGUUUGGAUUAAUAUUUGGAUUAGUUAUAAUACCUGAGAUAUUAAUGGGUGCAUCAUAUGGAAGUAUCCCCAGAAAAAUCGUACCCAGGGCAGAGCAGCCAACUGCCAUGGAUUUCUCUGUUCUUUGGGACUUUGAGGGCUACAUAAAACAUUCUGCUCUUUUCUAUGGCUAUUACAAUAACCAGAGGACGAUUGGUUGGCUAAAAUACAGGCUGCCAAUGGCAUAUUUCAUGGUUGGAGUUGUCGGUGUAUAUGGAUACAGCUUGAUGGUGGUAAUAAGAUCGAUGGCCCGGAACGCCCAUGAAGACACAGGAGAUGGAGAUGAGGCAAACUUCACUUUUAGCUGGAAAAUGUUCACUAGUUGGGACUACCUCAUAGGGAAUCCAGAGACAGCAGACAACAAGUUUGCAUCUAUUACAACUAGCUUCAAGGAGUCGAUUGUGGAUGAACAAGAAAGCAACAAAGAUGAGAACAUCCACCUGAGAAGAUUCCUGAGGGUCUUGGCCAAUGUACUUAUAACAUGUUGCUUAUGUGGCAGUGGCUAUCUCAUUUAUUUUGUUGUUAAGCGUUCCCAGACUUUUUCAAAAAUGCAAAAUAUUGGCUGGUAUGAAAGAAAUGAGGUUGAAAUUGUGAUGUCCUUGCUUGGAAUGUUUUGCCCUCCCCUGUUUGAAACCAUUGCUGCCUUAGAAGACUACCAUCCACGCAUUGGACUAAAAUGGCAAUUAGGACGUAUUUUUGCUCUUUUUCUUGGGAACCUAUAUACUUUCUUGUUGGCUUUAAUGGACGAUGUCAAGGAAAAGUUGACUGAAGAAGGUGUGAUAAGGAACAUCACACACUGGACCUUCAUCACAUACCACAAUGUAACUGCAGGAAAUGGAAGUGCUGCUACUCCACCUCCCAUGGAUCCAGCAGAUGUACCUCGAGGACCUUGCUGGGAAACAACUGUGGGAAUAGAAUUCGUGAGGCUCACUGUGUCUGAUAUAUUGGUGACGUUUGUAACAAUACUUGUGGGGGACUUCCUCAGAGCUUGCUUUGUCAGAUUUGUAAACUAUUGCUGGUGUUGGGACCUAGAGGCUGGCUUUGAAUUCGUGAGGCUCACUGUGUCUGAUAUAUUGGUGACCGGAAAAAAGAAAAUGUAUGAUGUCAUUCAAGAAACCAUCAAAAACGACUUUCCACCCCUUGUAGCCAAGAUAAUCGGUUAUUUGGCAAACCCAGGACUGAUUAUAACUGCAAUUCUACUUAUGGUUCUUGCUAUAUAUUAUCUCAAUGCUGUGGCUGAAGCAUAUCAACAUGCCAAUGCAGAGCUGAAGAAGAAAAUGUUAAUGCAACGGGAAGAUGAGAAAAACAAGAAGAAUAACAAAGCUUCCACCAACCCGGCACUGCAAGAUCUAGAAGAUUUGCUCGUCACACAAGUGAAGACCAUAGAAGAACCUAAACAAGCAGAAGGCUCUGGUUUGGUACAAGACUUUAGUGUCAUGGAACUCAAGAAUAGAUACUAA